UCCCGCAGAUUGUGUUAGGUUGCGGAUGAGCGCCUGAGUCCAGGAACGCGAAACCCCCUCAUUUUUCUGAAUUCUCGGGGAAUCUAAAAUAUUUGAACCCUAAAACUCAAGAGAUGUAUUUCUUCUCAUUCGACACCUUCCCGCUUACUUAACCUUUCCAAAUCUGUAGACCUGGUUGGUCUCCUUGAAGUUGUCAGUCAGGCAAUCUACUGGGCACUCCAACGGCGGGGUCCUCACGGCCUACUCCGCUGCCUCAGUCCCGGAGCGGAGAGGACCCGGCGCCGAAUCACUGACAGGCCCAGGUGUCGGGAAAAUGAUCCACAGUCUAUUUCUCAUAAACUGUUCCGGUGACAUAUUUCUAGAGAAGCACUGGAAGAGUGUUGUGAGCCAAUCUGUCUGUGAUUAUUUCUUUGAAGCUCAAGAGAAAGCUGCUGAUGUUGAAAAUGUACCACCUGUCAUUUCAACACCUCACCACUACCUCAUCAGUAUCUAUAGGGAUAAGCUCUUCUUUGUGUCUGUCAUACAGACUGAAGUGCCACCUCUCUUUGUAAUUGAAUUCCUACAUCGAGUUGCUGACACUUUUCAGGACUACUUUGGUGAGUGUUCAGAGGCUGCAAUUAAGGAUAAUGUGGUCAUAGUGUAUGAGCUCUUGGAAGAAAUGUUAGACAAUGGAUUUCCACUGGCUACUGAAUCUAACAUUUUGAAAGAACUGAUUAAACCACCAACAAUUCUCCGUUCUGUGGUCAACUCUAUUACAGGCAGUAGUAAUGUUGGGGACACACUCCCCACUGGGCAGCUGUCCAACAUCCCAUGGCGCCGGGCAGGAGUAAAGUACACAAAUAAUGAAGCCUAUUUUGAUGUCGUUGAAGAAAUAGAUGCAAUUAUAGAUAAAUCAGGAUCUACAGUCUUUGCAGAAAUUCAGGGGGUCAUUGAUGCUUGCAUUAAGUUAUCCGGAAUGCCUGACCUUUCCCUUUCUUUCAUGAACCCCAGGCUGCUAGAUGAUGUCAGCUUCCACCCCUGCAUCCGGUUCAAACGUUGGGAAUCUGAAAGAGUUUUGUCAUUUAUUCCUCCAGAUGGAAAUUUCCGACUCAUAUCAUAUCGGGUCAGCUCACAAAAUCUAGUGGCAAUACCAGUGUAUGUGAAACAUAGCAUCAGCUUUAAGGAGAACAGUUCUUGUGGCAGAUUUGAUAUUACAAUUGGACCAAAGCAGAAUAUGGGAAAAACUAUUGAAGGAAUCACAGUGACAGUUCACAUGCCAAAAGUUGUGCUGAAUAUGAACCUGACACCAACACAAGGCAGCUAUACAUUUGAUCCAGUUACCAAGGUACUAACAUGGGAUGUGGGGAAAAUUACUCCACAAAAGCUCCCAAGUCUUAAAGGACUGGUAAAUUUACAGUCUGGAGCACCCAAGCCAGAAGAAAAUCCAAGCCUCAACAUACAGUUCAAGAUCCAGCAGCUUGCUAUUUCAGGCUUAAAAGUAAACCGCUUGGACAUGUAUGGGGAGAAGUAUAAGCCAUUUAAAGGAGUCAAAUACGUCACAAAAGCUGGAAAGUUCCAAGUGAGGACAUGAGAAGAGGCCAAAAUCCUUCGAGAUCUGUUUGUUUUCUCAGUGUCAUUAUAGUUUGUUACUAUGAGGUACCAAGUGGGUGGGAAUACUUAUUCUAGUUAAAGCAUUUGUGUGAGCUAUACGCCGCUAACAGAGUUGCUUAGUGCUCCAUGUAGGGUUCUUAAGGAGCUUUAAGCUAAGGUAAUUUUUUAAUAACUUAGCUUGUUUUGUAUCUUUUACUUAGGAAGAUUUUGGGGGUGAUUUUCUCCAUAGGGGGCACCAGCUGGAGGUUGCACAUUGUAACAGUAAAGGCAGAAGGCUACAGUGAUAACCUCUCUCCUAAAACAAGUGAACUGAUCUCAGCCAGCAGCUGUCUUCAUCUGUAAUGUGAUGUGUCAAGUGCAGCCAAAUAUCACACCUGAUCUUAGCCAUCCCAAAUCAGCAUCUGUUCCAAGAGGAAAUUCCCUCCACCCCAAGAAGUUUACAAAAAAACUGCCUCUUCAAGUGUUUGCCUUAUUCAGCUUUUCACUUGUGCCAUUAAGCAAGCACUGUAGCAGAAGCCACCUCCACAUGCCCUGGCAAGGAGCACUGCUGCUCCACGCUCCAUUCUCACUGUACUUGGUAUUGUAUUUUUUAUAAAUAAGAUUUCUAUGUAAA